AUGUCGAUUACAAGUUCGCCGAAUCAAACCAGCCGCAAGGGUAUCCUGCACGCCGUGGAAGCCUGCGUCGGGGGCGAGAACUUGCUGUGGGAGCUAUACGACGGCUACAGAUACGUCCCGGCGUUUCAUAUCGAUGCGUCGUGUACUAAGGAAGCCACCGUUGUCAAGCUGGUAUGCCUUAACUCCAUUCAGAAGAGAAAGCUAAAACAGUUUGCAGCAAGAGAGAUGUGGCUGUCGAGGGAGGCGUGUUGUCGGACCGUCGUGAGAUAUGUCGAUUAUCUCCCGGGCAUCAACGCUGCCGUGACCGAGAGACACCCCGUAGAGGGCGCGAUCCACCCCGCCCGGGAUCGCCUCGAGGACUCGGCGAUCCUCGAGAUGGCAUGGGACAUCCUCCUCGCGCUGGCCUAUCUCCACGGGCGUGGUAUCGUCCACGGCGAGGUUAGGCCCCGGAACGUCAUGUCCUUCCCCUCAUACCCCCGCCGCAACCGCUACAAGCUCUUCGGGCACGGCCUCGUCCCCGGCGUCAUUAACUACUGGCCCAAGGACGACGGCUACACGGCGCCCGAGUUUCUCUCCGAGGGCGCCGAGACGCGAAAGAGAGGCAAAGAGGGAAAGUACGCAGUGAAGCCGACGUUCGCGUCGGACGUCUGGCAGCUCGGCAUGCUGCUCUGGCACUGUCACCGCUACGGCACUUACUGGGACUCAGAGACGCUGCCGUCGCGGAAGAAGAGCUGGCAGUCCGAGACCCUCGUCCAGCCCGACCUCACAAGUGAAUCGGUGAGUUCCAUGAGGGGCAUCAGGCCGCUGGCGUUCAGAGCCAAAGGCUGUAAUGGCUCGAGCCACGACUGGUUGGCGCAGCUGCUGCCCAACAUGCUCGACGAGGACCCCCUGAGGCGGUUUAGCGCCAUGGAGCUCCUUCGACAGAUGCAGAACCAGAAGUCCUAUGCCGUCGAGAAGCAGGACUUGGAGGACGAUGUCGAGGACAUGAAGGACGCUGCGGAGGCUGCCAAGAAGGAGUUAUGGCAGCGGAGCACCCUUGGCAAGGUAGCCAAGGGGGCGGAGCGAGUGCAGAUGCACUUUGCUCGUCUCCUCUUCUUGCUUGUUCUUCCAUGCCGCAUCAUGUGA